AUGGGACGGUCACAUGAUCACGGCAAAGAACCGGCAUUGCUUCACUGUGGCGUGGUUACUCGUCGUGGUUCUCAGCUUUCUUUGUGUUGUGUCGUGUUGUCAAGCUUUAUUCGCGCGUUAAAACAAAUACAAGACACACAGGAGGCAAUCAUCGGUCUGUUCUCCACAUUGGACUCGUCCAACCCACACCUCCAACACUUCCUGCGCGCCAGCCACGUCGAGAAGGAUCGCUGCUCGUUUCACAUCAUCCAUGGCCUCAUGCUUGCGGAUGAACCGAUUGAGGUAGUAGAUAAAUUUGUUUACCUUGGCAGCUGUAUCGGUCCCGGUGGUUUCGCAAAAGAUGAUAUUUCCAUCCGGAUUGGGAAGGCCAGAGCAGCUUUUGCGGACCUACGUCACCUGUGGCCUAGGCGUGACAUCAGUUUCUCUGUCAAGGGUCGAGUUUACAAUGCUGCGUGUUUGGCCAUCGAUGUCUUCGGAGCAUUGUCCGAAUCUGGUGGGAACACUGGAUCAGCAAUUCUGAACAUUGUGGACGAGGGUGAUAAAAUGGCUCAUCGAGAGGCUGUGUCCCAGCGAAUAAAAGAAAUUACCACGAUGAAAAAGGCCAACUUCCAGGCAAUUCACUCCUGGAUCGUUCGCAAAUGCACUCUACUGGUCCGUGAGCUGACGUUUGCCAAUGCAGAGGAAAUAACCGAUGAGGCAUUGCCGUUACUCCUGCUUUUCUACGACAAAGAAUCAGAGCAUUUAAAGCCCAAGUUUCAUGAGGUCGUUAACGCCCAUCUCUCAAGUCAUCUAGGACAAAUCAACUUCUUGACCGCAGACGGAAACACAUUUUCACAUCCGCUGGCCCACAUGGGUAAAUCUGCUGCGGAUCUUCCAUUCUUUUGCAUCGAUUCUCUUGUGCACAUGUACGCACAUCCGAAGAAAGCAGAUGUUUUGCUAAGAUCUUCAACCUCGUCCGACUGGACGAACAAGUUGUUCACCGCAAUCAAGUGUAUCAAACUCGCCAAAUCUCUCGCUGCAAUAUUGUCUCAGCUGGCCCCCCAUAUGCAUGGAUCUACCUACGCUGACGAUGAGGAGGAAAUCUUUCAUGUUGGCCGUUCAACCAAUGCCUAUCAACGCGCUCAAGUUGAAUGUCGCUUCGUCAUUGGUCGGGUAAUAAUCUAG